UGACCUGUCACAAAGCUACUGGGGGAGAGGAGUUUUGGAUCUAAGGUACUUGCGUGUUUCUCUUGUGAGUGAAUAUCUUAGUGACAAACAACAAUAAUAAUAACAAUGGACUGCCACUGAUGUACUUGCUCGGUGUGUUAGUCCAUAAGCCCUAUGUUUUUGGGGGGUUCCUUUUUUGCCUUUUUUUUUUUUUUUUUUUGCUUUUAAGCAAUGACUUUCCACAACACCUUCAAAUUUCCCCUGGACCACAAGAGCUCACUCAGCAUACCCACCAACCAUCAAAGUCUCUGGGGCUCACAACCAAGGAGAGAAACAUCUGCCUGGCAGACAAUUUCGCCCUAGCGAUAAUCUGGAACAGAAUGGACUCUGACUCCGCUUCUGUUGUCUUGCCUUCGCUUUCCGUUGCCCGGAAUGUCUACCACACCUUUGAUGAGGAGCUGUACCAGCGCACCGUGGACGAGAUACUCUCCGACGAGACUAGUUUCGAUACUAGCUUUGACGAAUACAGCGGAUACCAGACAAUGGAUGGCUCUGCGGACGCGAGGUCGCGCGAGAAGGACGAAUAUGCUGCUGCCUCUUGGAAGGGCUCCUGGCAUACAAAGAAAUCGCCUUAUUUCUCGACAGCAUCCCCGGCAUCCUCCUCCUUUGCUUCUGCGUUGAAACCCAAGAAAUCCGUGAAGAAGCCGUCUGCCAUGACGAAGAGGUACAUCACGAAGGUCGAGACCACUGAUGACGAUGAAGCGGAAGAUCGAUCCUUUCUUCUGACCAAGAAAAACCCCUCCGCUUCUGCACUGACAAUCAGUGACCCUGCUCUGGCCUUCGCUUAUGACCAUGAAUAUAUGAAGAAUGUUGUCGAGGAAGAUAUCGUGUUUGGUUCUGUUGAUCCAGAUAAACGAGACCAAUUGCUCCAGUUCAUUGCAGCACACUCUUUCAUGCGCAAACACAAGUACCCUGUGAAGCGUUCUACGCGGCGCAAGUUCAUCCAAGACCUGAACAGGGAGGCUACGUCGAGUGGGUUGGAUCAGGCUACUCUUGAUAGAUUGAGACAGCAUGUCAAGAAGACUUAUCUUGAGCUCUUUGGGACCAAUGCUGUUUAUCGCGAAGGGUCGGAGUUUGGUGAUGAGAUCGACGGUACCUCCAAGCGUAAGGCGAAGUUCGAGAAGUGCAAGGAAAGCCCGAAGGACAAGCAACCUAACAUCAAGGAGAUGACCAAGUCGUUAGCCAAAAACAUGAAAAAUGUCUCCGAUCUAGCCAUGCCAAAGCCUGACAAUGAACUAAGCAGCGCUUCGAAGGGCAAAGGCAAGAGCAAGCUCCUGGAACCUAGGAACGCGCUGAAGCGGAAGCAAGGCAAUGAUCAAGAACCGAGGAAGAAGUCUCGCAAUCUCCAUGGUAAGUGGGAUUCAUGUUCAAUGCUUAUCACUACCCCCUGCAGACUUAUUAUGAUGAAAUAUUUCGGAUGUAAACUCACAGACCUGUUCCGAAUUGCGCAUUUCAAUCGUGUGGAUAUUUCCGUUGCCUUCCUUCUGAACCAUCUCUACCCCGUUCUUUCUACAUAUUUCCUAAAAUUAGAGUUGGACAAUGGCUAACUUGGAGUAGUGGGCCUGAAGGCUGUUUCUAAGCCUGACAGCCAUGCAAGCAAAGA